AUGGAGAGAAGUUGGAUGAACGAGCCCGAUAGACUUUUAUCACCUGUAUAUGCCGAAGGGAUCAAUCCAAACUACACCCAUUGGAUAUUUCAUGGGGAGGAGGAGACAACAUUGGACGUCAGCGACGAUGAUCUUGGUGACGAGUUUAUGGCCGGAGAUGAGUAUAUCGAUGACAUGCAGCAUAUGUUGGAUGACGUACGGGCAUGCACCUUUGUUGAUGUGCCCCAAGAAAACACUGCUACGCCAAAUACUCCACCAAUACCUGAAGAUUCCCCAGCAACUGCUUUUGACAAACUACUGGAUGAUGCUCGACGUCCUCUUUUCGACGGGUGUACAAAAUUCACAAAGUUGUCAUUCAUUGUCAAGUUAUUACACAUCAAAUCAAUCGGUGGAUGGUCAAUUAAGUCAUUUGAUAUGCUCCUUGAUCUGUUGCGGUCAUCUUUUCCUGAUGCGCUCUUGCCACAAUCAUAUGAGGAAUCAAGGUCUUUGGAGCGCGGGUUGGGUUUCAAGUACGACAAAAUCCAUGCGUGCCCCAAUGACUGCAUCUUAUUCUGGAAAGAAAAUGCCGCUCUUAAUGAAUGCCCUGUAUGUAAGGCUUCGAGGUGGAUGCCAAAUGCACACGGCUCACGCGUUAUACCUCAAAAAGUGUUACGCCAUUUUCCAUUGAAACCAAGAUUGCAGCGUCUUUUUAUGUCUGCAAAGAUAGCAGGUGAUAUGAGAUGGCAUAAAGAGCAACGGGCGAUAGAAGAUACUAGUAUGAGACAUCCGACUGACUCUGAGUGUUGGAAGAGAUUUGAUGAACAUCAUAGUUGGUUUGCUGCGGAUCCACGCAAUGUUAGGCUCGGUCUGGCCUGUGACGGAUUCACUCCCUUCAACAACUUGGCUAAGCCCCAUAGCAUUUGGCCAUCACCAGGGAAUGAGAUCGAUGUGUACUUGCAGCCGUUGCUUGAUGAACUGCUUGAAUUGUGGGAAUAUGGGGUAUCAACAUAUGAUGCCGUAUCUAAGGAGACGUUUAUGUUGCAUGCUGCAUUGUUGUGGACAAUCAAUGACUUCCCUGCCUACGGGAAUAUUUCUGGUUGGUCAACAAAGGGAAAAUUAGCUUGUCUGUCUUGCAAUGCCGAGGGUGACUACAAUUGGUUGAAAUAUGGCCAAAAAUAUUGUUAUAUGGGACACCGACGCUUCUUACCGCUAGAUCACAUAUGGAGACGACGGAAAGGAUUGUUCAACGGUAAAGAAGAUCAUCGCAUGCCGCCAAGAGAUAUAGGAGGAUACAAUAUUCUGACUCAAUUACAGAUGAUUGGGGAUGUUUAG